AUGCAGUGGUUCAUACCGGUGACGCUGCUAUGCCUUGGCGCGAUAGAUUUUUUCGCCAAGUCGGCAGCAAAGCCUACUGCAUCACUUCCAAAAGUUAGAUAUGUUAGUUUUCCUGUCCCUCGUCUUGCAAAUGCUGCAAAUUCGCGUAGGAACAACGGAAGAUAUCAUGGUGGCAAUGGAGUAGGCGCGUCGAAUGCGAGGCCUUCUUCAUAUCCAAGAGGAACACCAACAGUUGGACGUAGUCGUGUACCGAGUCUUGUUGACGAUGGGCAGCCUCCGCUAAAUCCGGGCAGUCAUGUUUACAAUACUGUUGACGACCCGAAAUGGAGGCAAAUUCCACCACCUGCCGGUUGGAACCCUGAGCGUAAAAGGAGUGGUGAACGUCUGUCGGGAAGCCCAAGGUCGCCACAUAAUGAUGAUAGAAAUGUUGAUGCGUCAAAUUCAAAACCGUCCCUGUCAUCUUUAAAAGGAAGGUCGGAGGAUAAAAAUACCCCUGUUGCAAAACCUGGUGGCGAUAGGGAACCAACAAAGCCAAAACCUAGCAACAAUGGCUACAAUGUUUCUCCUUCGAUAGUAAAACCUGCUUUGUCAUCUAAGGAAAGGACGAACCCUGCAUCUAGUACCAUAAAACAAUCCGUUGACGACAGUAAGCCGUCGAAGAAUAUACCAAGUGGUCAUGGCAGGAAUGGGCAAGCAGAUGUGAAACAAACGUCGCUAAACCCCAACGGCAAAACUGAGCACCCACCAAGUUCCUUUACAAGACGUGAUGACGUGAAAAAUCCAGCUAAGACUAACGACGGUAAUCAGGCAUUGGCAUCGGACGCUAAAUCAUCUUCAUCGUCUCCUAAAGUUGAAUCGGAUGAUAAAAAUACGCCUGUUCCAAAACCUGAUGGCGAUGCUAACGCGCAAGCUCCAACGUCGGGAAGCCAAGGUAGCAAUAAGAUUCCGGCCUCAGUUUUGAAACCUUUGGUUUCUCCUGGAGGAAAGCCGCAAUCUGAAAGAAGUAAGUUAACUCCUCCUGUAGAUGAUACGGCAGCAACGACGAAUAAACCGAACAAGAGAAGAGUUAGGUUUGAUGAGUCUAUUUUCAGACCGUCUCCAUCGUCUCCUAAAGUUGGGUCGGAAGAUAAAAAUACUCCUGUUGCAAAACCUGGUGGCGAUGCUAACGCGCAAACGCCAAGACCGGGAAGCCAAGGUAGCCGUAAGAUUCCGGCCUCAAUCUUGAAACCAUCUCCAUCUCGAGAUGAACGAGGGAGGGUCCGUACCCCACCCGUAAAACCGCUUGUAGAUGGCACUGCGACUCCCAAGGAAGAGCUAUCUAACAGUGAUGAAACGAAGUUAGGUUCCUCCAACCUUAAAACAGCCCCGUCUUCUCCUAAAGGAAAGGUGAGAUUUGCAACUGAUCCUAUAGAAACUUCUGAGGACGACGAGAAACCGUCCACGGAAAAAUCAGUCGACGACGAGGAUGCGGAAGCGAAGGUGGAAACAACUUCUCCAUCCCCUAAGGAGGCGCGUAAGUUUGCAAGUAGUUCUAUCCGGAAACCUGUCGACGGAAGACCGCCAACCAGAAAAACAAGCAUCCCAGGAAAGCAGGUACCUGGUUCAGGAACGAACAUGUCUGCAGGGUAUCCCAGGGAAAUGUUUGAUUUCGAAUUUAUUCCGAUGGGCAACCUUCACGAUAAAGGAGAUAAAUACUCGCAGCCUCAUGAUGAACGAAGAUUUCAGAUCUUUGAUGUCCGAAAGCUCAUUGAGGAUGACAACAAACUACCACAUAAAACAAUGAAGGUUGGAGAGAACACGCCUACAACAUUCAAUUUGCCUCCGCCAUCUCUUAAUGGUAACAAAGACCGUGGUAUUCUUCCAGUCAUACCUCUUACCGACGCCAAUAUUCCACCAACACCGGGUCAGGAUAAACCUUCGACUCACUACAUACUUGUGCCAAAGGUUGAGGACAACGCACAACAAGCGACCGGCAUGGUCCACAAUAAUCAUGCCCCAAAGCUUUCAGAUGCAGCCACACAAACUUCUCCGUCACUUCCAAAAGAGAAUGGGAAAAUUAUCCCCAUUGACAUCAAAUCAUUCAUCGAAGACACUAAAGCUGCAACGGCAAUGAUGGCCCGCUAUAGUGCACCAAAGAUGGCUGAGAUAGCAACGCAAACAAACAUAUCGCAUCUGGAAGAGGAAGAGAAGGUAAAUCCCUCUCUCGUCGUCCCCAGUGUUGACGAUAAAAAGCCAACAACCUUAAAUACAGACGGUAAGGACAAGGCUGAUACCUCGGAUACGAAGCCAUCGCCUUCGUCAGCAAGGAAUGGCGGAGAGAUGAAGCGGUUUUCUGCCCAACCUCUAGCUGACGGUCUAGACUCUGAUUUGAGGUCUCCGUCGUUCGAAGGGAAUGAAGAGAAUGUUGACAGCUUCCAUCUCCGUAAAGAUGCCAAUGAUAACAAGCCGGCAAAGGAAAACUCAAACGAUGGCGGCGAUAGUAUUGUUGUAUCGGACUCUCAACAGUCGCCAUCAUCUAAAGACGUGCCAAAAUCCGAAUCCAGCACCAUACAAAAAACCGUUGACGAAAAGAAGCCGACGAAGGAUGUCCCUAUUAGGGAUGGCAAAGAUACGAAAACAAAUGAAAAACCUUCUUCACCACCUUCGGAAGUAAGAGGAAAAACAGAGUCUUCAAACAGCUCGCAAAUUGCCACAGACGGCAACGCUUCGCUCUCUACGCCGCAGCAACUUCGUCACUUUGCUCUUAAUCGACCUAGACGGAAUGAUGACACAAAAGCAGCACCACCCGCCGCCAAAUCAUGCGGGAGCUGCUGCAAGAAAAAGAGGGCAGUGACCUAA